UGUUUUUCUGACUCGUGUAUUUAUAUUUAGUAAAUCGAAUAUAUUGAUUAUGUAUAUAAUAAGAGUGAAGAAUAUAAUGAUGAUAUCAUCAAUAAGUGGACUUCUCAAAUUGAACAGCGAAUUUUUGUCCUUUCUCAAACUCCAACAGGCCUCAACAGAGGGAACAUCGGACUUGUCAGCAAGAAUGAUUCAUACAUGUACCACGACUAUUGUUCGGCAAGCAUGGUGGACAUACAGCUAUGCAUGUGUGUACAUCUACACAUAAUUUUUUUUGACCAGAGUACUAUAUACGCAUAUCUACCUAUCAAUUGGCCAGAGUAGAUUUGAUAUCCUUUAUGUAUUAAAUCAAAAACCUAUUUUCAAUUAUGUAAUUGAUACAAAACGUGAUUAUGAAUUAUUUUGUUCUAUAUAAGGCCUUAUAAUAGUUAAAUAUUACGUCACAUAUUUUAUGAUUUUUGUUUAAUGCCUUGUUUAUCAUUUUUCUUUGAAACCAUUUUAAGAAUCUAAGCUUAUGUACAAGCGAAACUAAGAAUAUCACACCACCCAAUUUUUUUUGUUUUAUCUUUAUAAGACUUUUACUACAAUCGUUGAUAUAAUUUGUUUCAUGCAUUUAUAUUAUAAAGUUGCGAGUAAAUUAAUUAACCACCAACUUAUUAUUUCAACUUUUAAUUCCUGCAAAGCACAAAACAUGUCAAGUUUUUACUAUUUAAUAUUAAAAUAUAUAUUCAAAAACUCAGAUUAAAAACUAAAUUAGCCCAUAACAAACUAAGGCAUGAUUGGUAACCAUUGUAAAAACAAUAAGAACAGAUAGAAAAUAAAUAAGUAUGAAUAAAAAUUUAUUAAUAAUGAGGAAUGAUGAAUCCUUAUCAAAAUUAAUGAAGAAUUGAUUUAUUCUAUGAUUUUCUACAAACAAAGGAAUAAAAAAGAAUGAAAAGUAAACCAUAUUUCUUAUGAAUGGUAAAAAUUUAAGGAAUAUUAAAGAACAUAGUGUUACUCUUCGUUCUCUUGGUCACCAGUCGUACAAAAUGAAAACAUUGAAAUACAUAAGCAAUAUAAGCGUUUAAGAAAGAAAAUAUAUAAAAGUAAAUAAAAUUCAAAGAGAGGAGGUGAAAAAUUAUUUUUGAACAAAUAACACGAUUCAAAGAGACGAGAUUAUAUUAACGUUUAAGAAAGAAAAAAAAUAUAAAAGUAAAUAUAAUUUAACGUCGGCGUCCUGGAGCUUGUAUAGUUGUAUUGGAGAUUCUUGCAUCCACAUGUCCUUCCAAUUGGGGUAAACAAAGAUUUAUAUUCGAUCCUAUAUUAUACUUUUAUAGUAUGUGGGGGCAAUCCAAAAUUUUAACAAAAUAAAUUAUCAAAAAUUAUAUUUAUUCGUACACUUGAUUAUUAUGAGAAAACAUAUCUAAGUAACCUGGGUUCUAAAAUAAAACUAUCUUCAUAACAAUUUUUUAUCAUCUUUUGAAAUUUGAUUUGUGUAUUCAUCAUAUUUAACUUUAUUUUAACUUAGGAAAUAUUUGUAUACAAAUUGAGAUUUAAUGAAUUGAUUGAUCAUAUUUUUUACAAAAUAGAACAUCAAAUUAAAUAAAUGAAAUUUGGCAACAGCUUGGACAUGCAGAAGGAUUCCACUUCCACAUGUACAUGACGACCGAAUAGCAUUGUAGGCAACCUUUGGAAUAAGCCCGACGCGUGCGGCGAAGAUGGAAUCCUCCAAACAAUACUAUUAAAUCGUUAGUUAACGUUUUAGAAUCUCCAAAGAAUGUAUUCUUUUUGACUUUGUCAACACUACCGAACUCUAUAUAAACCCUAACGUGAUCAAUAAACUUGAAUCAAGUCUCAAACUUGUAAAGUAAAAGAACUUCAUAUAUCUUUUAUUUUAAUGGGUGAUUCUACCGGUGAUACCGGAAGCUCCAUGCACGGAGUAUCCACCGACAAGACGGGCAAGUACGAUCUCCCCGUGGACUUGGAGGAUAGGGCAACAGUUUUCAAGCUCUUCUCCUUCGCUAAACCUCACAUGAGAACGUUCCACCUCUCGUGGAUCUCUUUCUCCACAUGUUUUGUCUCGACCUUCGCUGCUGCACCACUUGUCCCCAUCAUCCGGGAGAACCUGAACCUGACCAAACAAGACGUAGGAAACGCCGGAGUUGCCUCAGUCUCUGGGAGUAUAUUCUCUAGGCUGGUGAUGGGAGCAGUGUGUGAUCUUCUUGGUCCCCGUUACGGAUGUGCAUUUCUUGUGAUGCUUUCCGCACCAACGGUGUUCUCAAUGAGCUUCGUUAGUGGAGCCGCGGGGUUCAUAACUGUGAGGUUCAUGAUAGGGUUCUGCCUAGCCACGUUUGUGUCGUGUCAAUACUGGAUGAGCACUAUGUUCACCAGUAAGAUCAUCGGUCUGGUGAACGGGACAGCAGCCGGGUGGGGAAACAUGGGAGGUGGGAUAACGCAGUUGCUCAUGCCGGUUGUCUAUGAGAUCAUAAGGCGUUGUGGUGCAACAGCGUUCACAGCCUGGAGAAUCGCCUUCUUUGUCCCCGGUUGGUUGCACAUUAUCAUGGGAAUCUUGGUGCUCACGCUAGGUCAAGAUCUCCCAGGUGGGAACCGAAAGGCCGUGGAGAAAAAGGGAAAAGUUGUCCAAGACAAACUUGGGAAGGUUUAACACUAUCUAUAUGAAUAUGUUCUCUCCAAAAUUUAAUCUGCAUAUUGACUAGUAGCUAGAUGGAUCAAUUGUCUAACUCAUGAUUUCGUAAUACUGGUGUAGAUUAUGUGGUGUGCCGUUAGUAACUACAGGACUUGGAUAUUCGUUCUUCUCUAUGGAUACUCUAUGGGAGUCGAGUUGAGCACUGAUAAUGUUAUCGCCGAGUACUUCUUUGACAGGUAUGUUGUCCAUAUGGAUUGGAAACAGAAGAAAGCACUUUUGGUAUAGUAAAAAAUAAGAACAAUAACAGUAAACAUGCAUAUACAUUCUUAAUUGUUGAGGAAUAACUUGGAAUGAUUUUAUUCUACUAAUUCUAUAAAUAAAUACAUUUUAACUUAAAUAUAGUAAUAUAUUCAUAUUAUCAGUUCCAAAGUAAUUUCAAAAAUAAAUAAAAAUAACAUUUUUAAACAUAUUUCUACGAUUUUGAUUAAAAAUGAAUAUAAUAAAUAUAUUCUAUUUGUGAUCAAUUUCAUUCAUCUUAUUUCAUUCUCUGAUUCCAUUCAUUUUAUUUCAUGGUUACAAUUUAUGUUCAGGUUCCACUUGAAGCUUCACACAGCUGGGAUCAUAGCAGCAUCUUUCGGAAUGGCCAACUUCUUUGCUCGUCCAGCAGGAGGCUAUGCAUCUGACAUUGCAGCCAAGUACUUCGGGAUGAGAGGGCGGUUGUGGGCGUUGUGGAUCAUUCAGACGGCCGGUGGUCUCUUCUGUGUGUGGCUCGGCCUCGCCAACACCCUCGUCACUGCUAUUGUAGCUAUGAUCCUUUUCUCUUUAGGUGCACAAGCCGCUUGCGGGGCUACCUUUGCAAUCGUUCCCUUUGUCUCCCGGCGAUCCCUAGGCAUUAUCUCGGGUCUAACCGGGGCUGGAGGGAACUUUGGAUCAGGACUCACACAGCUCAUUUUUUUCUCUACCUCACAAUUCACAACUGAACAAGGGCUAACGUGGAUGGGAGUGAUGAUAGUUGCUUGCACGCUGCCUGUGAUGUUAAUCCACUUUCCUCAAUGGGGAAGCAUGUUCCGUCCUCCUUCCACGGAUCCCGUGAAAGGUACGGCGGAGUACUAUUAUGUUUCCGAGUGGAAUGAGGAGGAGAAGCAGAAGAACAUGCAUCAAGGCAGCGUUGCGUUUGCCAUAAACGCCAAGUCUGAGGAUGGCCGCAACGCCCCUUCAACCAUCACUGUUUGAUCAAUCAAUGAUUUCAUUUGUGUGUAAUGGAACAAACUGAGGGAAAAUAAACACACAUUGUUUUCAAAUGCUUUUAUUGUGUUUUUGUUUUUUUUUUUCUUGAAUUUCUUUUGUUUGUUUGUACUGAGCGUUUUUUAGUUAAAACUUAAAAGCUCAUAUUCAUUGAAGUGUGCCCAUGAGUUGAGAAAUCACGAAAGUGUUUGCUUCUUUUUAAUCAUCUGAUAAAAAACGAUUAAAAUCAUGUUUUCAAGAAAAGAGAUACGGUGAUUGGUUGUGUCUAUGAUGAGUUUAUUAGUAGGUCGAGCGAGUUUCUAUGUUCAUUCCACUCGGAAACAUAAUAGUACUCCAAGCGUUUGGUAUUAACGUUUGGCAUUAACGUUUCGCAAAUGAACACAACUUGGCAUUAACGUUUCGCAAUGUGAUCUUCUAGUAUCUCCAAGUAAUCAUGCAGGGAAGUCCACAUAUCUUGCCGCAAAAGUUAUAUGGACGUUUAAAAAAAUUAGGUUUGAAUUUGUUAUAUAUGUAUGUAGUCAAAUACAUGAACGUAAUGACGUUUCUUGUCCUUACGUUCCUUUUUUACACCGCGCUGUCAUUACAUUAAACGAAUAAAACAUUAGAUUGAAAUGGUAACUUCGACUUAUGUAUAACUUAGCCUAAUAAACCAACCAAUUUAAUAACCAAACUAUAUAUAUAACUCCAAGAUUCUUAAUCGGCCCCGGCGUUUCCAGACUUUAAAUGUUAUUUUUGACUCUUAUUUUUCAACUGAUGAUUUAUAUUAUAUAAUCAAACUGAAAGUAACUCACACACCUUACUAUAUGUAUAUAGCAGUGAUGGCGUCAUCAAUACGUUGACUUCUCAAAUUUGGAAAGCGAAACUUUGGCUUUUCUCAAACCUCAACAAGCCUCGAGACAGGAAGCAUUGGACACGUCACAAGGAUUGGCUUAUACAAGUACCACGACUAUGGUACGGCAAGUCGGCAACUAUAUAUGAUGGACGAUAUCCUAUAUAUACAUGCAGCUCCUAUUAUAUAUAUAUAUAUAUAUAUAUAUAUACAUUCAGAAGAGUACAAGUACUUAUAAUAAAAAUUUAGUUAAAAUCACAAUGAUGAAUAUAUAUACGCAAUUCUACCUAUCAAUUUGCCAGAGGCAAUCUGAAAUCAUCUACGUAUUAAAUCAGAAACCUAUUUUAUGUAAAUAUUAUUCAAAAUUCUGGUUAUAACUUUUUUCGAAGGUCUGUAUAGUAGUUAAAUUAUGCGUAUUUAUGAGGUUUAGUCGUAUUAUUUAUUAAAUUACGUUAAUUUAACUGGUUAACAUAUUGUUCAAAUGUGAUUAAUUCUAUGUUUAGUCUGAUGGUGGACAUGUAAAACUGCUAAUGCCAAAUUGCCAAUCAAAUAGGAUACAUAUAUGUAUGUGGUGGUAUAUAUAUGGUUGGGCACUUGGGCUCUAACUAUACCAUACAUAUCCAAUUUUUGCAGUAUUAUACUACCAUACGGAAGAUAUAUAAUAAGUUUGUUGAAGUUACAAAGCGAUCGUUUGGAAUUUUAAGAGACAACUAAUAAGCAGCUAAGGCCACAAUAAACUCAACCGUCCGAGAAAACAGCAAUUAGUCUAUUCACUAAAUCACAAUUAUUCGUAUCCUUGAUACUUAUACGCUAUAGAGAAUUACUUUGAUGCCCCUAAGAAAUUAUCAAGAUUAUAGUCUAACAGAAUAAUAUAGAACUACAAUGACAUCACUUUCGAAUGAUUAUAAAUGUUAAUUUAACGAGUAACAUGAUGCCAAUGAUCGAGCUGGCUAGUUGGCAAGGGUUAUUGGCGAAAAAACAGAAUAGCUGAUUUAUAGAUAAUUACUAUUUGAUCAGGAUGCAUGAAAGCGAGGUCGAAGCCUUUUGAAAUAUUUAUGAAUAAGUGAGGCUUUUCCCGUAUAAUGCCUGCACGCGAGUGAGAUCCUAUAUCUGAAAAAGCAACCCCUUGCACUCGUUCCAAUCGAAAAAGAAUGAAAAUUUAAGGUUAAAAGCAAAACUGAAACAAAGUAGUCAACGAGACAAGUGAAUAAUUUUUUUUGGGGUGGAAACGUGUGUGGAACCACUGGCGUAGAAAGUCUUCAAAUUCACUAUGCGUAUUAAAGUGUUACGAUUCAAGAACUGUGAUAAUCGAAAACGUAUAAAUUCUCCACUAAUGUGAGACCAAAAUACCAAAGACCACAUAACAUAUAUUCUCUCAAAUUCAUAGCAAGUGUUGUUUUAAAAGCUUUUACGUAGAUGGAAAAACAUUUAAAAAUUAUCAUACAUUUUAUUAAUAAAUCGUUUUUUAAAAAAAAGGUAUUCUUUCUGUUCCAUAAUAUAAGAUGUUUUGCUUGAAUACACAACAAUUAAGAAAUUUACUUUUUUAGAGUAAAUAAUAAUACAUUAAAAUAUUAUUGGUUAACCAAUUUUAAAUUAAAGUAUCUUAAAUCUAUCAAAACAUUGUAUAUUUUGAAACAUCAAAAUAUUUCUAAAACAUCUUAUAGAUUAUGGAACGGAGGGAGUAGUAUAUUAUCUCUAAAAAAAGGUGAAAAGAAAAGUAUGAUAUAAUUAAUUUUAAACAUUGCCUUACAAAAAAAAAAGCUCUACAGCUAUAUUUAUUUAUUAUAAAAUGAAA